AUGGCCUUUAUCACCCUGGAGCCAUCAAAGGGAGGACAGCAACAUGUUCUAGUAGUGACUGACCACUUAACCCGCUAUGCCAAGGCCUACACAACCAAGAACAUGACGGCCAAGACAACCCCUGAAGUCUUCUUCAACAAUUUCAUUAUACAUUAUGGGAUAUCUAAGCGUAUCCUUUCGGAUCAAGGAGCCAACUUCACUGGGAAUCUCAUGCAGGAGUUCUGUGAACUUCUGAAAAUCAACAAAUCCCGAACUACACCAUAUCAUCCAAUGGGGAAUGGGAUAUGUGAUUGUUUCAACAGGACUCUCUGCAACCUGCUUGGUACUCUUGACCAAGAUAGGAAGAAGACUCGGAAAGCCUAUAUUGGACCAUUAGUACACGCAUACAACUGUACUCGCCAUGAAUCAACAGGCUUUGCACCAUUCAUCUUGAUGUAUGGACGCCAUCCACGUCUCCCGGUUGACAUAGCUUUUGGACUUGACAUGGAUUCAUCCAAGUCAAAAUCAAUGACCUGUUGCAUCAAAGAUUUGAAAGAUCGUCUCACCUAA